AAUUUCAAACGGCCGCAGACGGUGCUUUGCUGAAGCCGAAGAAGAAGGAGAAUAAACCUAAAGAAGAGGGUGGACUGGGGACAACAUUUAGCGAAAACGUAUCUUUAGUUAAAAACAUGUCCCGCUUGCCAGUUAGUGCGCAGAAGAGGGUACUUACAAGCAGCACCAGCAGCUCUGAGAAUGGGCACGACUUUGCACCCGCUCAGAAGAAAAUCCGAAAGGACUCAGACCCUGUCAAACCACAUGCAGCAGCUACAAUCAUCAGUGGCAGGCGACCUGCUGUUCCAGCAUCCAGGGCACCUAUUUCCAGGCCAGUCAGAGCUGUGGGAGCUGCCACUGUGGCUGUUGGUCCUUCCAGAGGUGUCCUGAAACCAUCAAUAGCUUCAACUGCAGCAAAGGGGGGCAACAUUAAACAAACCGGUGCACCGGCUGUCUCAAAACCAGGUGGGGGAGGAACCAAGCGGCAAGCAUGGGACCUGAGGGGCAAGGUCAGCGACAUGGAGGGUAAGAUUCGUGACUACCAGACCAAGGUCAAAUCUGUCAACCAGGAAAAUGAGGUUCUUAAAGGGUCGAUGGUCCAGAGCAAAACAAGAGUGGCUGAAAUGGAGAAAAUGCUUGAGAGGCAGAAGAGUCAGAUCAGUGAGUAUGAGGAGAAACUGCACGAAUUGUCAGGAGUCUGUGAUGAGUUGGAGAGAGUGUCGAGUGAUAAGAACACUCUUGAAAAGGAGCUCUCAAACUUGGAGGGAAAAUACAAGGUCAUGGAGACUCUCCGUGACAGCCAAGAGACAGAGCUGCAAACUCUCAAGAUGAAGCUAUCGGUACAGGAGUCAACUCUGGCCCGCCUGCAAGUGACCCUCAGAGACACGGAGGAAGAGGUCCGGUCUCUCAAAGACACUGUGGCGCAGCAGAGAGAUGAGCUGCAUGCCGGGGAGAUGGAGCGCAGACGGCUCCACAACACCAUCCAGGAGCUCAAGGGCAACAUCAGAGUAUUUUGCAGAGUUCGGCCACUGGUGGAGGGGGGCCUCAGCAAACAUAUCCAGCUGUCACCCAGUGACAUCAAAUCAGUAACACUGGCCAAAACAGAGGAGUCUCACACAGGCAAAACUGCUGACACUCAGAAGAAUUACAACUUCAGUUUUGACCGGGUGUUUGGCCCCCAGGCGACACAACAGGAGGUCUUCGAAGAGAUCUCGCUGCUUGUGCAGUCAGCACUGGAUGGCUACAACGUCUGCUGCUUUGCCUACGGCCAGACAGGAAGUGGAAAGACCUACACCAUGGAGGGAGACGAGUAUGAUGAGUCCAGAGGUGUCAUUCCCAGAGCUGUGAAGCAAAUUUUCAAAGCAGCAGAGAAACUGGGAGCUCAAGGCUGGGAGUUCUCCUUCACAGCAAGUUUUGUUGAGAUCUACAACGAGACCCUCCGGGACCUGCUCUACACGGGCAAAGCCAGCAAGAGGCCGGAGCACGAGAUCCGAAAGUCGGCUAACAACGAGAUCACGAUCACCAAUCUGACCUACGAAAAGGUCUCCAACGAGGAUCAGGUUCUCGGCCUGAUCAUGUUGGCCAAUCAGAAUCGCUCCACGGCCCAGACAGCCCAGAAUGACCGCUCCUCUCGCUCCCAUUCAGUCUUCCAGCUGGAUAUCGAGGGAGUGAAUGUUGGCAGGGAUGUCAAAUGCAAGUCCACUCUGUGCCUGGUGGACUUGGCUGGCAGUGAGCGGAUGCUGAAGAGUCAGUCUCAGGGCGAGCGUUUCAAAGAGAUGACCGCCAUCAACGGCUCCCUGUCCAACCUGGGCAUCGUCAUCACCGCGCUGGCCAACAAGGAGAGCUACGUUCCGUACAGGAACUCCAAGCUAACGUACCUUCUGCAGGGCUGCCUGGGAGGAAACAGCAAAACCCUGAUGUUUGUGAACAUCGCCCCAGAGCCAGACAGCUUUGGAGAAACCCUCAAUUCCUUAAGGUUUGCCAGCAAGGUGAACGACUGUGUCAUCGGGACUGCAAGUGCCAACAAGAAGUAGACGGAGCACUUCAGCGCUCAGUCAGCGAUUCUCAUCCAAUAAACUUUUUGUCAGACUUCGCAAAUAUCUUCUCACGGUCCACCAGCUGUCUGUUCUGUGUGUGCUGAAAAAGUAUCUGGUGUUCAUACAAAGUAGCUCAGAUAAAGUUACACAGCUGUGUCGGCCGCUCCCUUUCUGAUUGUAAUAUAAUCUAAAUAACUUUGGAUAUUACUGAAGCUUGUGGAGGAGCACUGAGUGUUUGUUUGGGUGUUUAGUUCAGAUAUCAACGGUCUUUCUCCAGAAUCGCUGACUCCACCUUUUAUUAAAUGUACAGUGUAAUUGUUUCACAUGAAUUUCACGUUGUGCUGUUUGGCAUCAGUGCCAGUCAGUUAAAACCAAAAACCAAAAGCCUUUUUGUAUAUUCUCAGGGCUUUGAUUAGUGAUCACUAAUACAGGCUCUCUAACAUUUUUAUGCUAAAUCAAGUGUUUGUGUACAUAUGCAUGUUUCUAGUUUCUGAUUUCAUUUUUAAAGUCCAUACACAGCUCUGUAAGACUGAUGAGACUUUUAAUCUCACAUGAUAUAUUUUAACAAGUUCUUUCUCUUCUUUUAUCCAGUCGAAAUAUGAUGUGCUAUGUAUAACUUGCACAUUAAUCGCAAAUAAAUGUAGUUUAGUGAAGCUGGUACUGUCGUUUUGUUUUUCUUGAUAAUCAGUUUUCCAUCUACUCUGUCCCAAUGUGAUGAAGAAGUAAUAAUAAAGAUAUGUGGUAGGUUGA